GGAUACGAUUGAAGGAACGUAUAGGGCUACUGGGGUGCAUUUCGUUAAUCGUGGGAUCGGUGAUUGGGUCCGGGAUAUUCAUCUCUCCGCGUGGGGCGCUGGUGAAUUCCGGCUCAUACGGCGCCAGCCUCGUGGUCUGGGCAGCGUGUGGCGCGAUGAGCAUCAUUAUCGGCCUCGUGUACGCAGAGCUUGGCGUGCUCCUUCCGAAAUCAGGAGGAGAUUACUCUAUCAUUCGGUCUGGUUUGGGUGAUGGACCGGCUUUUCUGUUCUCCUGGACAUCCACUGUGAUCAUGAACAGCGGAGGGAAAGCCCUUCAAGCCCUCGUGUUUGCCGACUACUUAUGUGCAUUUAUGUUUGGACAGUGUAAUGCGCCAAACAACAUUCGAAAAUCCAUAGCCGUCGUUGAGUUAUUGCUUAUAGCAAUCACAAACACGAUCAGCGUGAGAUAUGUUAACUGUCUGCAAAGCCUUUUUGCUUUGCUCAAGAUAGCGGCCCUUGUUGUUAUAACGGCGGGUGGCAUUGUGUAUCUUGUACAAGGGAAAGUGGACAAUUUUAAUAACGCCUUUGCAGGAACUACGACCGAUGUAACGUCGAUCUCGCUGGCCGUCUAUAGCUGUAUGUGGGCGUACGCAGGGUACACGAACUUGAAUGUCAUCGUCGAAGAAGUCGUUAACCCAAAGAAAAACGUUCCUCGAGCAUUUAUAAUAGCAAUUGCAUUGGUAACGGCAAUAUAUAGUUCCACAAAUGUGGCAUAUUUUGCUGUAUUGACAAAAAUUGAAUUUCUUGCAGUCCCUGCCGUUGCAUUCGCAUGGGGCAAGCGGGUUCUAGGUGCAGGCGCAAUGUUCAUUCCGAUAAGCGUCAUGUGCUCUGUUUACGGAGCUUCCACGGUGGGUUUCUUUGUGGAUAUUCGCCAGCUUUUUGCGGCUGCAAGAGUCGGCCAUUUACCGGAAGUUCUCUCGUUUCUGCACUUCAAAUCCCGAAUCCCGCUGGUGGCGCUAGUCUUAAACACAAUCUUCUCCAUUAUCCUUGUAAUCCCUGCUGACGUCGAUCAGCUCCUUAAUAUGUUGAGUUUCAUAGGCUUCGUGUGGCAAGCACUGAACAUAAUCACGUUGAUGAAACUUCGUUACCAGAGACGCGGACUUCCCCGCAGCAACGACGCGUUCUCGGUGCCACUAGUUGUUCCGGUCCUCGCCUUGCUCAUAAUUCUCUUCAUGCUCAUCUCACCGUUCAUAUCAAACCCAAAGAUAGAGUUCGUAUACGGCGCGGGCUUCGUGCUGUCCGGGCUGAUAGUUUACGUUCCUUUCGUCGUGUUCAAGCUAAAGUUGCCAGGCUGGGACUUCGUGACCAUGUACUCACAGCUGUUCCUUGAAGUCUGCCCCACGGUCCUCCAUGAAGAUAUCUGACCAAUGUGACCCUCAGAAGCUUUGGGUACUAUUUUUUUAACAACUGACCUCUGUGCAAGGUGACAUUCGUAAUGAUUAGACGCAUGUGAUCUGUAUAGACAUCGUUCAAUUGUAAUUGCUUUCAAUACGUUAUUUGGUGUGUAUAGUUUCAUGAAUGGUAAAAAAAUCGCAUUUUAAUUUCAGAAAUAUCAGAAACAUAUUGUAUAAAUAAUAUUAGAUCAUAA